UCUGACAAUCCUGCUGGAACGGCCUCGGAAGACCGGAGACCUUUGAACGCAGCAAGUACGCGGCAGAGACGAUGGGGGACAGAAUAUCUGUUUCUUCCUUCUCCUUUUCGCUCCCCCUCUCAUGACACCGAUCCAAGAUAACUGUUCUUUCCGCUGAAUCAUCAUCAAACAUCAUCAUUGCCAUGGCUCCUCCAAUUGCCAUCGUUACUGGUGGCUCCUCCGGUAUAGGGGCAGCCCUCGUGGAACACCUCGUCUCCCUAGGCUGGAACGUGGUCAUCGCAGACAUCCACCAACCGAAGCACUCUCUCCCGGGCACAUUAUACAUCCAUUCCGACGUGUCCUCCUGGGAGCAGCAGUCCCACAUGUUCAAGCAGGCCUACGAAUGGGGCAAGCGGCUCGAUUUCUGUGCGCUGAACGCGGGCAUCGACGACCGAGACGACAUCUUCAACACGCUGUCGUACGACCUGCACAAGCCGCCCAAGAAGCCCAACACGGACACUUUCUCGGUCAACAUCACUGGAACAUACUACGGCAUCAAGCUCGCCGCGCACUACAUGACCAUCCUCAGCGGGGCGGCCGGCAAGGCGAAGCCCGGGGGCAAGAUCACCGUCACGGGGUCCGGCGCAGGCCUCUUCCCUUCCCCGUCCACCCCUCAGUACACGACCAGCAAGCACGCGCUGAUCGGCCUCGUCCGCGCCCUGGGCACAUCCGACGCCGCCCUCGCGGCCAACGUGCGCAUCAACAGCGUCUGCCCCGCCAUCGUCGACACGGGCGGCCUGCCGCUGGGCUUCCUGGACAAACUGCUCCCAGGCCAGAUCACGCCCAUGAGCACCGUGCUGCGCGGCUUCGACGCCGUGGCCGACCUGGCCGGCGUCGCGAGGGAGGACUGGGUCGAGAGCGGCCCCGCCGGCGAGACCCUCGAGGCCAUCGUCCACGACUUGGUCUGGCACUCCCCGCCGGAGAGGCCGCAGGGCGAGAAGGCCAAGGCUUCGGGCGUGUCAGGCUCUCAGGCAGCAGCAGCAGCAGCAGCAGCAACCGCAGAGCUCUACCAGGACAGAAAUCGCCCGUUUGAAACCGGAGGAGGGGGCACGGACUUCUGGUAGACGAGACCCUCUCCCGCCCCUUCCCUCUUGGUCCCUCGUUCCAGACCGGUCGUAUUCACGCCGGCUCUCUGUUUCACCCACCACGCUACGCUAUACCACAAGUAAUGAUGAUAGACAUACAUCCAGGAAGGGUACUUUCGAGCUGCUGUAAUAAGAUAUGUAGAUAGAUCAUAGGAGGAAUUGAAGAUGCAGAAUACGGCGGUCUUGCGCAUUACUUUUCUACGCCAGGACUCUGAUGCUCAUACCUGAGAACCUCCUCGGAGGCCAACACGGUGAAGGGGGUGUGGAUGGAAUGAUCAAC